GGAUAUCCACCGCUUUCGUCACACAACUUCAUACACCUCACUCAAACAUGGGGCAGAAUGUCGACGCGCCUCACCUCUCCGCCGGCUUCGGCGAAGACGUCUUCAAGGGCGCCAUCGCGGACAAGUUCCUCAAGGAGCAAGGCCUCUCCGCGGCCGUUCUCGACGAUCCGUCGUGGGUGAAGGACGUCGCGACCGCCGAUAAAAUCGCGAAAGCGGUCCUCACGUGGUGCCUCUCCAAGGGCGUAACGAACUUCUGCCACUGGUUCCAGCCGAUGGCGGCGACGUUCCGUCACGGUAACACCGGCCAGGUCCAGAUGUCCAUGCUCGAGUUCAACCGCGACGGGACGACGACGUACGAGCUCAAGGGCAAGCACAUCCUCUUCGGCGAGACCGACGGGUCUUCUUACCCGAACGGCGGCAUGCGCGCGACGCACACCGCGGGCGGUUACCUGUGCAUCGAUCCGUCGUCGCCGAUGUUCCUCCGUGACGACGCGCUCUUCAUCCCCGCGUGCUUCGUGUCCUACGAGGGCAAGGCGCUCGACGAGAAGACGCCGCUUCACCGCGCGCACGAGGCGAUGUCCAAGCAGACCGCGCGUCUCUUCAAGCACAUGGGCUUCGAAGUCGCCGGCGCGGUGAACAACAUCGGCCUCGAGCAGGAGCUCUUCUUCAUCCCCCGCGAGGCGUACGAGCGCCGCAUGGACCUCCAGUUCACGGGCAGGACGGUCUUGGGCAAGAUGCCAGCGCGCGGCCAGGAAGGCUGCGACCACUACAUGGCGCCCAUCAACGUCCAAGGAAAGGUCAUGGCGUGCAUGAAGGAGAUCCAGACGCAGUGCUACAAGCUCGGCAUCCCGCUCAAGACGCGCCACCGCGAGGUCGCGCCGAACCAGUACGAGUUCGCCCCCGAGUUUGGCUCCGUGAUCACGCAGACGGACCAGAACCUCGUCGUGAUGCAGAUUUGCGAAGAAGUCGCCGCGAAGCACGACCUCGCGUGCCUCCUCCAGGAGAAGCCGUUCGCGGGCGUGAACGGCUCCGGCAAGCACAACAACUGGUCCAUCUCCACGCUGUGCGGCGCGCAGCUCCUCAACCCGGGGGACCUCACCGCGAAGUCUGGCAACCCGGAGCUCUUUCCCGUCGUCAUGGCGGCGCUCGUCGCGGGCGUCGACUCGUACGGCGACCUCAUGCGUCUGUCGAUCGCGUCCCCCGGUAACGACUUCCGCCUCGGCGCGAUGGAGGCGCCGCCGUCGGUCAUCUCCACGUACCUCGGCACGCAGAUGACGGAGUACCUCACGGAGUUCAUGAACGGCAACGUGUUCGAGUACAAGCCGUCUGUGACCCCCAUUCCGCUCGGCGUGGACUCGCUUCCGGUGUUCAACGCCCCCGCGGAGGACCGCAACCGCACGUCUCCGUUCCCGUACGGCGGGCACAGGUUCGAGUUCCGCGCGGUCGGUUCCACGCAGAACGUGUCUCUCGUGAACACCGUCCUCGACUCCAUGGUCGCGAAGAUGUUCUCCAACAUCUCGGACAGGAUCGAAGCGGGCGAGAGCGCGGUCGCGGUCGCGCAGGAACUUCUCAAGAAGCACUUCAAGGCUGUGUACAACGGCAACGGUUACGAUCCGGAAUGGCCCGCGAAGGCGGACGCGAUGGGCGUGACGAGGAUCGACUCCGGCGUCGAGGCGAUCAACAAGUUCGUCGACCCGAAGAACGUCGAGAUGUUCUCCAGCAUGGGCGUCUUCACCCCGGAGGAGUGCGCCGCGCGUCGCGAGAUUCUUCUCGAGCUGUACGUCGGCACCGUCGAGAUGGAAGUUGGCUGCAUGAUCGACAUGAUCAACCAGCACGCGAUCCCGUCCGCGAAAGCCGCGGGCAUCAACGCCUCCGGCCUCGAGAAGGGCGCGAAGGAAUGCGCCGCCGCGAUCGCGAAGGUCCACGCGACCGAGGACGCGUUCGAGCAGGCGAAGCUCUGCCGCGUGCUUCGCCUCGAGACGAUGGUGAACGUGCGCAAGGUCGUCGACGACGUCGAGGCCGCGUGCCCGGCGAACCUGUGGACGAUGGCCACGUACAAGGAGCUCCUCUUCGUGGACACGGGCAAGCACAGGUAAACGUGUUUUGAUCAGUCGCACUGACUAGCACGGUGUUGGUUGGAAAGGGGACGCACCUCUUUCUGGGAGUGAGAGAAAAAAAUUCAACUUUCAAUUUAUUGCCGAGCGACAACGUCGCUCCGCUGUGACGAGGGAUUUUGACAGUAAGAAAAUUUAAUUUCAAAGCAAAUAUUUUAAUCGAAACGUUCGAACGCG